AUGUUAAUCGAGCUUAUUGAGAAGACCAAGGGACAAAUGCUUUCGUCAACAUGGCUAGAAAGGCGUGACAAUUCUGAAUAUCGGCAGACCCUUUUUCGCGAUCUUUCCCGAAUCCUACUGAGCUUAACACGUAUAUCUCUCCCUGCGAUUGGCUCUUUCGUUGUCGAGAAAGAUGGUUAUCUUCGAUUGAAAAACCGUCCUCUUUCAGUUGAGAUUCAAGCCCUGGAGAAUGACCACAUACCCACGGAUAUGCUACGAGAUUAUACAUACUCAACUGUUGAGUCUUAUAUUGUAGACCUUUUGAGGAUGCACAAUAAUCGAGUCAGACAUCAACGAAAUGCAAUAAACCACCUAAUUGAUUAUAUCAACCAGACAGCAGCCCUGGCUACAAUGCAGACGACAUUCCCAUCAUUCUUCACACGAGAUCUCUGCCGUGGCCCUUUCGCAUUCACUUUCACGGAUCUUCAUCCAAGCAAUAUCUUCGUGGAUGACAACUGGCAUAUCACCUCUCUAGUCGACCUGGAAUGGGCAUGUUCUCGCCCCAUUGAGAUGAUACGCACAUCGACUUGGCUUACAACCAAAACUAUGGAUGAAAUCACCGAGGAAGCUGUCGAGUACGAUGCUGCCAGGUCUGAGUUCCUUGAAAGUAUGGCAAAUGAAGAAAAAGCCAUGGGGGUUUUAUUGAGGAAGGAAGGUCAAAUCACGAGAAGCCUUUCUGAAAUAAUGAACCGAAGCUGGCAAUCAGGAGCCUUCUGGUUCUCUCUUGCACUUUCUAGUCCCAUGGGUCUAUUUUCUGUUUUCUACAAGCAGACCCAACUGCGCUUCAUCAAGCAUUGUCCGGAUCAGGAGGCUUUUCAUGAGAUAGUACCGUGGUAUUGGUCUCAGGACUAUGUGAAUGUUGCAGCUGCUAAGCGUCAAGAUCGGAGGGAUUAUGAUGCUCGACUAAAAGCUGCUUUUGGAGUUGUAGAUGAGACAAAUUGA